CUCCACAUACACAUGUCACUCUAGAAUCUAGAUCCAUCAUUAUUCUCCGAUUUUCCUCUCAAAUUAAUUGAACCAACUACUCUCCAUUCUUUACUAUCCCAAACAAAUCCAAUCUCGAUCACUUCUCCACCUCCAUUUAAUGGCUGGUCGACCACCAAACUACUUCAAUAACAAUACUCAAAGUAGACCAUUACUGAGAUCCAUUCACACCAGCCAUGUCCCAUCAUUCCUUCGCAAACUUGUACAACCUCAUGUCCCUAAUUCCAACCAACUCAUGGGCUUUUUAGCCCUUGUUAUCUCUGGAGGAAUUUUACUCCUCCUCAGUGGUGUCACUCUCACCACCGUUGUACUUGGCUUAAUUUUUUCCACCCCUUUGAUCAUCAUAUCUAGUCCCAUAUGGAUCCCCAUUGGAGCCCUUCUCUUCAUCACCGUUGCUGGAUUUUUAUCCCUCUUCGGAUUCGGCGCAUCGACCGUCGCUGCUUUUACUUGGGUUUACAGGUACUUCAAGAGAUCAAACAGGACGGAAGAUGAUAGUAAUGAUAGCAAUGUGAAGGAUUAUACUAGAGCAUUUGGUGGAUACCUUCAGGGUAAAGUGAAGGAUACAGCUCCUGGUGCUUAAUUGACACCUCAGUAAUUAUCUUGUUUAUUUCUUUUUGGGUGCUUCACGUGAACCUUAUGUUUAAUUGGAAUGUAACAUUGUCCUUUUUCGUAAACCAAACUUUUGUUUGAUAUUUUUCGUUAUAAGAAUCUUGAUAGAACUUAACCAUAUACUGCUGUACGUAGAUGAUCUAUACAAUAAUCACCCGUGUUAAAAUUCUAACUCCUUUCCUUAUGUGGAUUUAAGUGCCUCACAUUUUCAUUUCUUAA